UGGAUGAUGGGAUCAUGGGAAUGCAUAUAGGGAUGCAAUCAUGAUGUGGGAAAAGAGUGUGAUGGGAUGCAUAGUAUGUAAUGAUGCGGGAAGGAAUAUGGUUCUUGAGGAAUAUAAGCGUUGGAAGGAUGGUGGAAAGAGCUGUUUUCAUCUGUAGCAGAGGGAGAAAUUGAUAUCGAAAGAAAGAGAGAGAGGGAGAGAUGAGGAAGGAGGUGAAGGAGACAACCAGCUUCAAGAGUGAAGAUGGUUCGGGAGCUUUAAACGGUGUUUCUGAUGAUUUAAACUAUCGCUCUCGAUUUUCUUCUCUCUUGGCCUCCACACACCGUGAUUUUCUGCUCUCUCCCACCGGACAACAGGUUAAAGUGUCGGAGCUGAAUGACAAGGUUAUUGGGCUUUACUUCUCAGCCAACUGGUACGCACCAUGUAGGAAAUUCACCCAAGUCCUGGCCGGCGCCUAUGAGCAACUCAAGAGCUGUGGCGCUGGCUUUGAGAUAGUGUUCGUAUCAUCUGACGAAGAUUCGGACGCUUUCGACAAUUUUCGAGCGUGCAUGCCAUGGCUUGCAGUUCCGUUUUCUGAUUUGGAGACAAAGAAAGCCUUGAACCGGAAGUUUGACAUUGAAGGUAUUCCUUGCUUAGUUAUAUUGCAACCUAAUGAUAAUAAGGAUGAAGCAACAUUGCACGAUGGGGUUGAACUCAUUUAUCGGUAUGGGGUCAAUGCAUUUCCAUUCACUAAAGUGAGGUUGGAGGAAUUGCGUAAGGAAGAGAGGGAGAAGCAUGAGAGCCAAACCCUACCCAAUUUACUAACAAACCACAAUAGAGAUUUUCUCUUGGGUCGUCCCACAGCUAAACAGGUGCCUAUUUCUUCUUUAAUAGGCAAGACAAUCGGACUCUACUUCUCAGCUCAAUGGUGUCUUCCAGGCGUGAAGUUCACUCCCAAACUGAUUUCCAUCUACCAGAAGAUAAAGCAAACGCUGGUGGAUGACAACGAGGAGGAUUUUGAAAUAGUUUUCGUGUCAAGUGACCGUGAUCAACCUUCAUUCGACUCCUACUUUGGCACCAUGCCAUGGCUAGCAGUGCCCUUUGGAGACCCAACCAUCAAAACCCUCACCAAGUACUUCGAUGUUCAGGGAAUUCCCUGUUUGGUUAUUCUGGGCCCGGACGGUAAAACCGUGACAAAGCAAGGGAGGUACCUUAUAAAUCUGUACCAAGAAAACGCCUACCCUUUCACCGAGGCUAAAUUGGAGCUGCUAGAGAAGCAAAUGGACGAAGAGGCUAAGAGCCUUCCUCGUUCGGAGUACCACGCAGGGCACCGCCACGAGCUCACUCUGGUGUCCGAAGGCACAGGAGGCGGACCCUUUAUCUGCUGUGACUGCGACGAGCAAGGCUUGGGGUGGGCGUACCAAUGCCUUGAAUGUGGGUAUGAGGUGCACCCCAAGUGCAUGAGAGUUGUGGACCGUGGCUCCACUCUGGAAAGGUGAUGGGGCUCUAGUUGUGCUGCUAAUCAAAUUGGGGGUGCUGUGCAUUUGUGGCUGUGGGGUUCCUUUUGUUAAUUAUAAUAGGUUUGGUUUCUCCGCUUUUCAUCAACUGUGUGGGUUAUAACUAGGAAUGUUCCUUAUACUGGCCUAAUGGAUGUCAAUGAAAGCUGAUGAAAUGUUUAAAAAUUCCCCCUUCAAUCAAAAAAUAUUAUACUAUGUAACAAAGCCUUAUUCUUUCCCAAUGUUACUCGAUAUUACCAGA